GUGUGCGCGUAGGACGCGCGGCCUGGCGCUGUGGCUGCCCAGCUGCAGUACGAUUUGGUGGUCUUCGUGCGCUGCGACUGAUUGCAGUGACUUUUUUUUUUUUAAUCCUCUGAAUGUGUGCCAGCGUAUGUAUUUAUAUGUCAUCCUAAACAGUCACACAUUCCAACAUUCCUCUGGUUCUCCUAUUUAUAAUGUUGGAGAACUUAAGGGACAAGUUACACAGCGUUCAGCAGCUGGAUUUCAGUUUCAGUCUCCGAAACCUUAGCCUCGGUGAUACCUCACUUCCAAAAUCUCAACAGGAAUGCGAAAAACGGCUUCUAAGUGCUGGAGCUGAUCUGUUACAUUACUACCAGUCAAAGUGGGAAGAGUUGCACAGCCAAAAUGAAGGCAACGCCAAGAGAGCUGAAGAGGUAGAUGUCCUGAUCACAGGGCUGCAGUCCUACUGCCACCAGCAGUUGGUCAGCAUGCAGCAGCUGAACUUACAGUUGACACAGCUGCCCAAGCUACAACAGGGCGUCCAGGACCUCAUGAACACCAUAGGAGAGUUGGAAGGUAUGUUUGAGGAGGUUGAACUUCGCCUGGUAAGCCUGGAGGAUGUCAUCGAGACACAAGCUCUGCAGGAGAAGCAGCUAGACGAAAGGUUCAAGCUUGCAUUGUAUGGAGAAAAAAAGAAAGGACACUUUGAGAGCCUCAAAGAUAAACUGGAAGAAGACCACCAAACGCUACUUCGACAGCUGGAAGAACAAGAGCAGGAAGUGCUGCGAGAACGGCAAGAGACCUUUGGGGAAGUCUUUCGCAGGGAUCUUGAAGCAUACAAAGAACAAGGGACGCUGCACCGAAUUGAAGCUGUGCAUGAUGCACAAGUUGACUUGGAAGACAUUGACCUGGAAGGGAACGAUGAAGAGCGCGAAGCGCUGGACGAGUUCUUGGCUGACGUAAUCUCUACGACAGAUGGUUCAGUAGCAGUGGAAGACAGCAUUGAAGAAAUAGCAGCACAGUAGCAGUGGUGGCCCCCCUUUUUUUAUAUGCUUAUGACAUCUGUUUGCAUACAAAAGAGCCAUGGAUGCAGAACAAAAGAUGGUGCAGCUUGUAAUCAUGAUACCAUGUUCACAUGCUGGAACUUGGGACUUCAAAUGCAGUUUCAUUCCUCUAGUCCAUGCACUAAGCCUACUUUGCUUGCAUGCACUUAAAGAGAUAUAUAUGUAAUAUACUGACCACUAUGCUUCAGUGCAAAAGAACAAUAAAGAAAUGAAAUGUGUGCA